CAAUUUCUUGUUUCAGCACUUUCUCAAUAUGGCCGCCAAUGUCCCUCUACCAACAUCGCCCAUACUGUCUCCCAAGGAUCAGGACUCUACCAUCGAGAGAAAGUCUGACCUAUCAUCAUCAGAUCCAUCAAAAGGACUAACCAGCCCAUCUUCACCAGCAACUAUUCUUCAAUCUCAGCCAAUUCAAGAAAACCUCAAUCAAACCUCUCGAAAUCCUCUGGACGACAUCAUCUCGGCUUUACUUCCAGCUUUUUCUAAUGAAGAGAGUUUCGAUCAACUUUUUAACCUUUUAUCUAGUUUUGCUAGUGACCCUAAAACAAAUACGCCUAAUGUUGCAAAACUUUUGGAAUUAUCAAAUGCACGCAAACAAAGACCUGAACCUCUCUUACCUACUCAGCCUGGACCUUCAACCCAAUCCGAACGUGACGCAAAUGAUGCCAAAGCAGAAACAGAAGCCCUUUAUGCGAAAGAAAUCGAAACUUUGAAAGCUGAAGUAAAUCAACUUCAAUCUAAAGUUAAAGUAGAAGAAGACAAGCGAUCAAAAUCUAUUAGUCUCUUAAGGGCAGUUCGUCAAAAGUUGGUACAGACUGAAAAGGAUAAAACUACUCUUGAAACAACAUUUAAUGAAUUUCAAACCGAAUCUAAUAAUAAAUUAAGUGAAUUACAAAAGGAAAAGUCUCGACUUGAAGAAGAACUUUCCAAGAGUCGAAUUGCGCAGGAGCAGCAAUUAUCGAAGAUGCGACAUUCGUUCGAUCGUGAGAUUCAAUCUAUGCGCACACAAUUCGAACGAGAUGCGACCACUAAGAAAUCCCAGUACGAACUUGAUGCUAUUACUGGCAAGGCUGCUUAUGAAAGAGAAACAGCUGCACGGAAUACUAAAAUUUCUCAACUCGAAGCUCGUUUGCGAGAGAUGAGUGCGGAAAGGGACAAUCUUUUUGAACGUAUUCAGACACAGCAGGCCGAAAUCGAGACCACCACAACUCGUCAUGAUGAGAUCCAAGGAAAAGCUGGGGAAUUACAACAUCAACUCAGUGAUGCACAGGAUCGGCUCACCACUCUGCUAGAAGAAGUUGAGAACCUUCGACAAGUUUCUUCAACUCAAGGGAAAGGUGAAGAUGGAUAUCGAAGACUUCUAAGUGAAUUGCAAUCUCAACAUCUUACUCAAACUACUAUCCUCAACACUCGAAUUUCACAGUUGGAGAAAGAACGUACAGAUCUAGAGCACGAGCUUGGCGAUACUCUCAAACAGAGGCUGAAAGAUAUCGAACUGAUGCGCUCGGAGGCACAUAUUAAGAGCCUCGAGUACGCUGACAGUUUGCAAAAUAUGGCUGAAAGAAACGAACAAAUUCUCAAGAGUGCAGCGCAAAUCAAAACUUUACAGGAUCAGAUAGCCGCGGCUGAAAAGGCCAGAGCAACUCAAAAUGACUCGUUAACUCAACUGACGAAAGAAUUGCAAACAAUCAAGGUAGAAUCAUCAACACGAGCCUCUCAGAUUGAAAGUUUAGAAAAAGCUUUGAAAGAAACUCAAGAGCGAGAAAGUUCAAUCCGAUCACAAGCUCAAACUCUUAGAGAUGAAUUAAGAAAAGUUCAAUCGGGUGUACUCUCUAAUGAAAAUCUUAGGUCUAAAGGUGUUGGCUAUUUUGCCAAUUUCUCUAAUACUGAUUCAACACCAACUCCACCUUCCUACCCAUCCAAGGAAACAACUUUGGAAAGAUCUUCUCAAAGUCCACCGCCAGAAUCACAUGAUUUGACUCGAUCGGAUGCUCCUUCUUCUACCAAUGAUGAGGCUGAACUCAAUUUUGAAUACCUGCGUAACACUCUCCUUCAAUUUUUAGAACAUAAAGAUAUGCGGAUUGUCCAUACCAGCCUCAUCUAG